GUUUCAAAUGCGAUUGUUGUAACAUGGUAUAUUUAGCUAACCAUCUUUAGCAAAGCGUCUUCAGGAAGUCCUUUUUUUUUUUGUUGGCUAGAAAAAGGGAAAAUGUCAGAGAAAGCUUGGUUGUCUAGUAGAUCUCUCCUAAACUAUAAUUACUUUGCUUUGUGUGUAUGUGUGAUUUUCCUUCCUGGCAUGCACUGUGAAAAACUACUUUGCUACUAUUGUCCAAUGCAGUUGGUCUACAAACCAUGUAGGCAUGUUUUGACUGAAUGCCUACCAGGACAGCAGUGUUUCAUUGCAAAUGGGCAUUAUGGAGAUUAUAGUGGAGUGUUUAUCAAGGGCUGUAUACCAGAGGACAAAUGCCUAAAGGAAGAUAAUCACAUCAUCUAUGGUUCUCUGCCUCCCUGUCUUGCUGAGAAGAAUGGAUCACCUUCCAGCCCUGCUGAGGAUGUCACUCUGCCUUCCUGUCUAUCUGUGGACAUCAAGACCAGAAACACGCUCUAUGCCCAAAUCCAAGGUGUCGGCCACCCUGAGGGUGGUCCUCUCCUCGAACAAGCAGGCAGCGGUAAAGCGGCCCUGACAACCAGAGCGCCCUGCAUCAUGGGAGGCGUUCUACAACUUGCACAUCCCUCACGGGGUUGGGAGCUCCGCCCAAAUUCGAGACGUGGCUGUGUGAAUGGAUUCCAGACUCUGCACUGCAGAGUCUUUCAGAUUUUAAGAGCGGACUGCCACAUGUUUUCAGGCAAGACGAAGUGUGGAGGAAUUAGUUUCUACAUUAACAGUUUUUGGUGCAUUUAUGUGACAGUGAUCCAUCUUUUUUUUAUAAACUAUAUGCUCUUUUACUUGCCGUACGAGUUCAUUCAUUAAUUCAUUCUGGACAAUGUUUACAUUCCACGGCAAGCAGGAGGCACAGUGUGUGCUCGUCAACCAGAUCCAGUGUGUGGAGUGCAACAGCAAUUUUCUUCUUGGAAUAAAAUGUUUUCCACCA